UUUACAAUAUUCAAAGUAAUCUCUUGGUAAAAUUCUAUUUGAAUUGUAGACAAUAAUAUCGUUUGACCCUGCAUCAAUGGCUGAGCUUCAACAAUCACAGCAACCAGGGAAACAACCGAGGUCCCAGCAAAUAGUCAAGGCAACUACUGCUGUCACUGCUGGUGGAUCUCUCUUAGUUCUCUCCGGUUUGACCCUUGCUGCCACGGUCAUUCUGUUGACCAUAGCCACUCCAUUGCUGGUCAUAUUCAGUCCAGUUAUUGUUCCUGCUGUGAUGGCAGUUUCUCUCUUGCUUAUGGGGUUCUUGGCCUCUGGUGGCUUUGGUGUGGCAGGAAUUACUGCCAUGUCAUGGAUCUAUGGGUAUGUUACUGGGAGGCAUCCUCCAGGGUCAGACCAGCUGGAACAGGCACGCAUAAAGUUGGCUGUUAAGGCAAGGGAAAUGAAAGACAGGGCUGAGCAGUUUGGGCAUCAAGUUAUUUCUUGAAAAGACUUGCAUGUGAUGAUCUCUCUUAUACCUUCUUUCAUGAAAAGAAUGGUGAUAUUCUUCGAAGAAGUACAAGGUGGAGAUCAUGGAGAUUGCAAUGGAGGAUGUGAGUUUUUGUAGGAGUUAAAUAUUGGGCUGUACUCUUUAAUUUUUAGUGUCAUAGUCAUUUGCUUCUUGUUAAUGAGUCUUUUAAUUGUGUCGAUCUUAAAUAAUUUGCUGUGCUUGUGUCUUGUUAAUUUUGA